CUUGGCUCAUCGCUCGAAUAUAGUGCCUACACCGUACCUGUGUUAGUAGGUUCAGCACAGCAAAACCUUUCCCUUCAAAUUGACACGGGAUCAUCGGAUCUUUGGAUCGCAUCAAAAUCGUGUUCCACAUCGUCGUGUUCAUUGACAAAUGGUCGCCUGUACGAUCCGAGCUCAUCCACGUCAACCGGCGCUAGUUUUACCAUCAAUUACCUCUCCGGAGCCGUCAGCGGGCCCAUAGUAUGGGAUACGGUCCAGCUGGGAACGUACAGUGUGCUGAACCAGGCGUUAGCCGCUGCCAACACGGUAUCCGACGAGCCGUUAGGCUUGGAUUUUGACGGUGUCCUCGGCCUCGCUCUUCCCCUUGAUUCACAAAUCGAACAAGCAAUUCCCCCAGCUGUGAACAACAACCCAGAUGGCGCAUCAUUCUCCUCGAACCUCUUCUCCAUGACUCCCGCAUCCACAGUUCCCUCACAACCGUUCUUCUCCCUCACUUUUGCCCGUCCUGGUUCAAAUGAAAUUCCAUCUCUUCUCGGAAUCGGCAUGCAUCCGUCGUCUGUGGUUCCAGAUCCUUCGAAAAUCAAUUAUUCGACGCUUGUGAGCGAAAACGCUGGCACAUUAUUCUGGAAGACGAACAUUCGAGCCAUCACAGUCUACGUAAAUGGCCAGGCACGCCCUGUAUUACUAACCAAUUCUGUCACUGGCGCCGCUUUCCCCACUGCAUUGCUUGACUCCGGCACGCCAUUUAUCAUCACGACGUCGUCCAUAGCAAACGGGAUAUACGGCGCAUUGGGUAUAAACCCGGCCUCAGACGGCAAUUUUUAUGUUCCCUGUACAAUGCCACUUAACAUGACCAUUACUCUCGACGGCCAACCCGAGCUACCCAUCCACCCCCUCGACCUCACCUCCGAGCCAUCUGGGCAGCACAACGCACAGUACUGCAUUGGCCUCAUACAAGCUGAUGACUCACAACUUAAUGCCACUUCCGACGCCGGGGACAUGAUCCUCGGUGUUCCCUUCAUGCGUAACGUCUACACUGUGCUUGCAUAUGAACCCCCACCAUUUAAUACGUCUGUCUACACCGGAAUUCGCCCAACUCUUGGACUUCUUGGACUUACCAAUAUAACCCAAGCGCUGCAGGAGUUCAACAAUGUCCGUGUCCUCAAUCAGCCGCUGGGCGGCGCGCAAUCACAGACCACCUCUUCGAGCGACACGAAGUUGUCAGCUGGCCUCGAAAUUCUCAUUGGUCUAGUCGGCUUCUUUGCGUUGUGCAUCACGCUUUUCGGGCUGAAAUGGUUCAUGACCCGGCGGCAAUGGAAAAAACAGGGAAUGGUUGACAUGGAUGGAGAGCACAAAGGCGAAAGCGAAUACCAGUUUACGAGGCGGACCUCGCAUUCAAGCGAGGAUGUUCCUCCCGCGACUACUCUCAGGACGCUUGCAUACGAGUCAUACGCUACGAGGAAAGAGAAGGUUUCCAACUAUACUUUCGAUUCAAGCGGGACGCGUGUUGAGCCAGAUGCGGAUCCAGUCAAGGAGUUUGGCGAAUGGAAGUUCAAGUACGACCACUCGCCGCCAUCGAUAUUCGACCUGAGCGACCCUUGGGAUCCUCAUGCGGCAAAUCGAGAUACAAUUGUAGGCACUGAUGCGCCCUUGCCUGAUAUUCCUACCUCCCCCGAUUUAUUGCCCAUCAACCAUCGACGAACACCCGGUGAACUCAGCGGCGUGUCGGAAAGCAUAUCUGUUCCCUUGCUUACAGACCUGCAUCGCCGAAGUGGCUCGCAUAGCAGUGAUAGCGACGUUGCGGAGGGUGAUGUAGGCAUGGCAGGUGUUGGAACCGUCGCCCGCGGGAGCCUAAUCGUGGCUGACCUUCGUGACAACCUCCCUCGGAGCGAUAAUGCUGACGGGAACUCAUCAUUCUUGGGUUUGCGUAAUGGUAUUGUCUCUCUCUCAUGACGAUUUCCGACAUCGCAAGAACAUCAUGAUACUGUUGACCAGGAUGUUGUCGACAUUCAUUGACGGUCCUGGACGUCCACGUCAUUACGAGCAUCGCUGCAUCCCACCCCACUCGGAACAACCAUGUGGAUCCAUUCAUCAUGCGGAUAUAUCCUAUUUCCAUCUCCAUCUCACGUCCAGCUCAUCUCAUCUCACACAUCUCUACCGACGCUCUUUGAUCUCUGGAUAUAUGUGGUAUACUGGUGCAUUGUUGUUUAUCUGGACUUUUUUUUAUCUGGGCUCAUUACUUGGACCAUUAAUGGACUGUCGUUGGUGUUCGUAUAAGUAUAAUACAGUCAAGUCGAUCG